GAACGGGACUUUAAAUUGAAUAAAUUGCCAAAUUUUUCGUUUUUAUUUGCUUUUCAUUGCAACAAAUGGUGCAAAAAAGUUGGUCUUAGUUCAAUUAUUUUUAUAGUGAUUAAAUUAGGAUACAUUGCAUAAAUUUCGCAAUUAUUAGUAUUCAAUAAACAGUGAAUGUUACUAGGAAUUAGAUUUGUAUAAUUCCAUAAUUUGGUAUGUUUUUUUAUUGUUAGCGCGUGGAAGUAUUUUCAAGAAGCACAACAACAAACUAACAGAUUGCAAAUCUUAUUGGAUGCAGAAUAAUUGAAGGACACCGAUAAGAUUGUUUGUGGGCUGUGACUGUGACCGGUAGAAAAAAACUGUUAAUAUGGGAGUACCAAAAUUUUUCCGCUACAUCAGCGAACGUUACCCUUGCCUAAGUGAGUUGGCGAGAGAACAAAGUAUUCCGGAUUUUGAUAAUCUUUAUCUAGAUAUGAACGGAAUUAUACAUACAUGUUCACAUCCUGAUGACAGUAACUUUCACUUUACUAUAACAGAGGAAAACAUGUUUAAAGACAUUUUUAAUUACAUCGAUAAGUUAUUCUUUCUAAUUAAGCCACAAAAACUAUUUUUUAUGGCCGUUGACGGCGUAGCUCCUCGCGCUAAAAUGAAUCAACAGCGCAGUCGGCGUUUUCGCUCUGCCAAAGAUGCUGAGCUAUUAGAAGCAAGGGCCAAAAGUCGCGGUGAAGUGCGUACAACUGAACGCUUUGAUAGCAACUGCAUCACGCCUGGCACAGAAUUUAUGGUGCGCCUACAAGAAGCACUGCGCUAUUUCGUUAAGAGUAAAAUCAGUUCAGAUCCAUUAUGGCAAAAGUGCCGUGUUAUACUGAGUGGACAUGAUGCACCAGGCGAGGGGGAACAUAAAAUAAUGGAUUAUAUUAGAUACCUCAAAUCACAAAAAGACUAUGAUCCGAAUACGCGCCACUGCCUCUAUGGAUUGGAUGCAGAUUUAAUUAUUUUGGGACAAUGUACGCAUGAGCCACAUUUCGUAGUAUUGCGCGAAGAAGUGAAAUUCGGACGAAAGACAAAGCAAGCUUCCGUUGAGGAGACACGCUUUUUCCUACUACAUUUAGGAUUGUUACGUGAAUAUCUAGAACUGGAAUUUGAUGAAUUAAAGAGAAAUGAUGACAAUUUUAACAUAUCAAAUCUUAUCGAUGACUGGGUACUGAUGGGGUUCCUUGUUGGCAAUGAUUUUAUACCGCAUUUGCCGUGUAUGCAUAUCUCUUCAAAUGCGUUGCCUUUAUUAUAUAAAACCUACAUCAAAGUUUACCCAACGCUUGGAGGUAACAUAAAUGUGAAGGGAAAAUUAAAUUUGGAGCGUUUGGAAAAAUAUUUCGCCGAACUUUCGAAUGUCGAAUACGAUAUAUUUCAGGAAAAUCACGCAGAUUUGAAAUAUUUCGAAGCCAAACAAACUAAAAAUGGCAUUGAUGAAGCAUUCGAUUUUGAUGUAAAUGAGAUAACAAUGCAUAAUCAUGACGCUGAUCUCGCUGAUUUAAUAGAGAGCAGCAGACAGUUCUUACAAGAUGACAAUGAAGAUUUGUCCGAUGAAGAGCAACACUUGGCAGAAGAGUUUGAGACUUAUAAGCGCAAUUAUUAUAUGAAUAAAUUGAAACAAAACGAUAUGAAUUGUGAAUCGAAGCGUGAGCAAGCUAUCUGUUACAUUACGGCAUUACAGUGGAUUUUGGACUAUUACUACAGAGGUGUGCAAUCAUGGGAUUGGUAUUAUCCCCAUCACUACGCACCAUUUAUCAGUGACUUGACAAACUUCAAAGAUUAUAAAAUUAAGUUAAAUUUGGGUGAACCGUUCCUGCCAUUCGAACAGCUCUUGGCUGUACUACCAGCCGCUAGCAAAGAGUUGUUGCCGGCAGCAUACCGUGAACUAAUGACCAGCACCAGCAGCGAGUUGCUCGAAUUUUAUCCAAAAGACUUCGAAACCGAUUUAAAUGGCAAAAGACACGAAUGGGAAGCGGUCGUCCUAAUACCAUUUAUUGAUGAAAAACGUUUGCUAGACGCAAUGAAAGCUUGCGAAAAGAAUCUCACGCCAGCCGAAGUGAAACGAAAUCGUCAUGGUCCAAUGCAACAGUACGAUUACCAUCCAGAAUCACAGGGUAGCGCGCCAGGUAUAUUCUCGUUAAGACCGUUAUAUAGUGUGUUUUGCACCGAACAGCAGAUUUGGUCUAAAGAGAUCGCUGUGCCGUCCGACAAAAGCGUAUGUGUGGAGCUGCCGAAUGCCGCGCGUGAGGUCUUCUUCCCUGGCUUCCCAACGAUGAAACAUCUAAAAUACGACUUCGAGUUGAAAUUUGCGCACGUGCGCGUUUUCGAACAACCAAGUCGUAGCGAAAAUCUAAUACUGAAGCCGCAUAUACGCAAAGGCUUAGAUGAUAUUUAUACCGUUGCUGAAAAGUAUUUGAAUCAAAUCGUUUAUACUGGCUGGCCGCAUUUAAUAAAAUCCAAAGUAGUUGGCAUAUCCAACAAGGAAAAAUACAUUGAUGCCGAAGGCAUAAAAGACAUGGAACCGAAGUUAUUUCAAAUACACAUGAAGACAGCACAGGAACACCUCAGCACACGCAUGGGCAUAGAACUGGAUGACUUUUCGGUGUUGGUGCAUGUGCGCGUACACAUAGGCACCACUUGCGUUUGUGGCAAUCAAGCCAAGAUCAUUGUCAGCGAUGCUUGGGGCUAUUCGGUGACCGCCUAUCCUGCGCAGGCUGUAGUUGCAGAAAUCGCUGUGCAAAAAAGUGUGGUGGUACAGCCCAAAAAGGUGGAGCACCUAUUUCCUAAGGACAGUAUAGUGUUUUUCUUAGGCAGUCCAUACUUUGGCAGCGAAGGCACUGUGCUAAAUCCUUUGCUAGUAUACGAAUGUGGCCGUUUGAAAGUAAAUAUAACUGUACUACCGGAGCCGGAUUUCACGGUCGCCCGCUUAUUGCAACACAAAUUGGAACGUGACUACGUGAAUUCCUUCCAAGCCGGCGCCACAGUUAGUUUGCAAAUGCGUGUGCUUGGCCGUGUGACUGGCACGGUUUUCGUGGUGGCGGGCGCUCGCCGUAAGGAAUUGCCGGAAAAUGUCUCUAAAGUCAAUAUUGGCUUGCAGUUCAAAUUUCCCAAACAGCAAGAAGAGCGCGCCGGCUAUUGCCGCCGCAUAAACAAUCAAUGGUACUAUUCAUCGAAAGCCAUAACGCUAAUACAAGAGUAUUAUAUAAACUAUCCAAUGGUUUUUGAUUAUUUAAGUCGUUCCUCGGAACGCAAUGAAUUCUGCUUUGAAGAAGAUCUCUUUCCCGACGAAGUUGGCGAGCAUAAAUUAGAUGAAAUUAUCACGUGGCUAAAGAGCCAAGAUCAUGUAAAGGCAGAUAGACGUUUAUGUGGCUCACAAACAAUGGAGAAGGAAGCUGUUGAGAGCGUGCUGGACGCUAUCGAACAAUUAAAGACUUUACCCGUGAAGACUGUAAAGCUGCAAGUGAAGCCCCAUUUGUUGCUUAAACCCGACGUAACGCUGGCAAAUAUCUACAAGCCAAAGCGACCUGUGAAAUUAUUCGAUCGUGUGGUGGUAGUGAAGACCACCUACAUGGUGCCACUAGGUUCGAAGGGUACCGUUAUCGGCGUAUAUCCGAUAACCGAUCCGAAUCCCGUGCGCAUGGAAUGUGUGAAGUCCGUAGACAUAUUCUAUGAGAUACUCUUCGAUAAGCAUCUGCCGAGCGGCAAUGAUGUGUACGGUAUUGCCGAGGAGCGUGUUUACCGGGUAUCGGAUUCGGCAUUGUUGCUCAUUUUCGCACAAGAUAAUAAGCAAAACGAAAUGCAGGAUACGAAGCCGAAUCAGUUGCCAAACCAGAGCAAUCACAAUGGCUUUGCACAAACGCAACAACAACAACAGCAGCAGCAGCCGCCGCCGCCGCCGCCACAACAGACGAGUGAACCAAAUGAGCCGAGCUGUUCCAAUGAGCCCAGCAGCAGUAAUAAUGCGAAGAUAAGCAUACUGCAACAAAAAGCAGCGCCGCCAAAGGCAUUGUUGCCAGCCCAAAACACAUAUAAACGUUCAGGUGGUGGCGCUGCAAUUGACCCCGAUGACUUCUGGAUACCAGCGGCGGAAACCAAAGUGAAACACGCGGUGGCGAAAGAAUUGCCGCUGGCCAAUGUGGAGCAAAGUAACGGAAGAAUCCAAAGCAAAAUAGUUGAUUCGACGACAAAGAGCGAACAUACAAGUUCGAAUGAAACGGUGAAAUCGGAGAAUCCACAAGAACAGCUAAUGCAAAAGUUACUACUCGGCAACCGAACAAUUGCCGUACCGAAAAAUGCGCAUGUAAGCGACACGAGCGAUUGCCAAGCUGGCACGCAAGCGUUGAAGAGCUUACUCGGUGUCGGUUUGAACCAAGCAACUAUGCAGCCACAAGUGAACCAAAAAGACCAACAACCGUCGAAGAAGCAGUUACCUCAACCGCCGGCUGGUUGGCGCAGCGAUGCGCAGCAAGCACAACAGCCACCAAAUUGGCGGCAACAUUAUCAAACGCCCAACCGGCCAUCGCAGCCCAUUUUUCCACUACAACAACAACAACCACCACUACCACCACAAUUGGCGCCACAGCCGAAUGCAUUGCUACCUUAUGGCGGCGCCAAUAGGCUGCCUGGCCAGCCAUUGCCACCACCGCCAACACAUUACAACAACAUGGGCGGCUACUAUCCACCAAAGUUGCUACACACAACGACGUUCCCAAUGCAGCAGCACACGCCACACGCCCUGCCCUUUCAACUGAUCCAUCCGAUUAAUGAAAAGCCGCAACAUAACUCGCCAGUUGAGAGCAUGGGACAUGCGCGCAGCUUUUUCAUACCGCUACAGGUUUUGCGUGGCAACGCCCAUCAGCAGGCACCAACGCACUUCCCGUCAUCACCGCAACAGCAGGAGUGUCAGCGCGCUGUGAGUGGCGUUAAAGGCGCACCAAUAAACACAAAGAAGUCCAACGCGCAGGCGCUGCAGCAAAACCUGAGCAAAUUGCAAAUCAACUCGGAAGCAUCGAACACGCAAAAUCUGCCAAAAAAUGAGCAACAGCUGCCGGAGCAAACCAGCACAAGAGCAACCAGUGUCGUCAAGAAUGAUGGUUGCACUGCUAAAGCUGAGCAGCCGAAAAGAAAACGUUCACCGCGCGUCCCCAAGAUCGGUGCACGUUUUGACAACGCUCAGUGAGCUAUUGGCUUUGUGGUGAAAAUUAUAGGCAGCUACUGUUGAACGAAUGGUUGUCGCACACAUUCAUUCGAUUUUGUAAAAAAAAAAAUACAAAAAAAAAUUUUUUUUUAAUUAAAAAAUUUGGAAAAAUAAGAAAAAGAGGAAAAUUAUAUGCAGCGCGUUUUUAAAGUCUUACAAAUUUCACAAAAUUGUUUUACGUUUUAUUGCUAACUACUAGCGACAAAUUUUGAGUAUUUCAUGUUGUUUGACCAUUCAUUACGCUUUCCUAACCAAGUUUUAAUGUAAAUUAUUAGACAUCUACAUAUAUAUAUGUAAGUUUAAAUAAACAACUUAAUGUUUAGCUGCAUAUUGAUUUUUUCCCGAAUCAAGUCACAUACUUAUA